AUGGCGGAGGAGUGCGAACCUCCGAAGAAGAUGCUUCUCGACGACGAUUACGAAGAUGAGGUGGCGGUCGCGAAGGGUUACGUUGGCGAAGAGUUCGAGCUUCGCAUCAACGAGGAAUACGCGAAGCGCCUCGAGUACAACAAGCGGCGCGAGGAGAUGCACAAACUGGAGGAGAAGGUAAAGGCGGGCUACCUGCCCUCGGGGGAAAGAAGCGCGGGGUUCCGCGGAAGAGGCCGCGGCGCUGGCGGAAGAUUCGGCGGAAGGGGUUGGGGCGAAGGCGGAAGGGGAGGCGGACGAUGGGGCGGAAGGGGACGAAGUUUUGGCGGAUCUUGGGGGCAAGACCGCCGGUUUGGGCGGAAUGACGAGGCGCAGGGGGAGGGGGAGGGGGAAGCAGAGGCGGAGGCGGAAGAAGGAGAGGCGGAGGAUAGCGAGGAGGAGGAGGACGAGCGGGACGAGCAUCUCUUUCGCCUGGAUCAGGAUGUUAAAUUCGUACAGGCCCUUACGAGGAUCAAGAACAAAGAUCCGGAGAUCUUUAAACCCGGUAAACACCUCUUCGAAUCGGACGGGGAGGAGGAGGAAGAGGACGAGGAGGAGGAGGAAGGGGAAGGGAAGGGGGACGCUGCGGGAGAGGAAGCGGGGAACGAAGAAGAGGACGAGGAGGAGGACGAGAAGGAGAAGAAGCAGAAGAAGAAGAAAAAGGCCAAGGCGGUUUAUCUGAAGGACGUGUUGGCGCAGCAGGCGAUCGACGGCGUCGGGCUCAGCGACGACGAGUCUGGCGGAGACGGUGACGGCGGCGGGGAGCGGGCGUCGCGGAAGGGCUACUUCGCGGAGCAGGAGGAGCUGAAGAAGGCGUUCCUCGACGGCGCGGAGGCAGCCGAGGAGGGCGAGGAGGGCGAGCUUCUGCGAGUCAAGAAGAAGAAGGGCAGCAAAAAGGCUAAGACAAAGGCGGAAGGCGAGGAUGCGGAGGAGGAGGAGGACGAGGAGGACGAAGGGGAGGAGGAGGCGGGCGGGUGGGGCGAUCCGGCGGUGAAGGGCGAGGUGCAGAAGCGGCUGGAGGAGUUCUUUGGUCGCGACGAGCAGCAGCUCUCGGAGGUGGACCAGUACCUCAAGUCGUACCUGCUGGAGCGGAAGUGGGUGCAGGACGACGAGGUGAGACGGGGAGAGGGUUAUGAGAUGCGAGUGGGAGGGGCGAUGGGAGAAGCGGGGAAGGAUCGGGGGGGCGCAUGGCAUGAGAGGAGGUCGACCAGUACCUCAAGUCGUACCCUCUGGAGCGGAAGUGGGUGCAGGACGAUGAGGACGCGGGGUUACGAGGAGCUCUCUCUUGUUCGUCUGUUUUCUACCCCACCCCCAUCAAUACACCCUUCCAUUUUUCCCCAUCCCAACCCCACCAAACUCCUUUUCACCACACGGCAGGACGCGGGGUACGAGGGGCUGCUGGGCGGGCCGGAGGUGGAUGAGGAGGACGAGGAGGAGAUUAAGGAGCAGGAUGAGUUCGAGGAGCUCUUCAACUUCCGCUACGAGGAGCCGGGCGGCGCGUUCGUUGCUUCUUAUCCCAGAGAGAUAGAGGGGUCGGUGCGGCGCAAGAUGGAAUCGAGGAAGCUGGCGAGGAAGGCGCGGGCGGAGCGGCGUGCAGCACUGGAGGCGGAGAGGCAGGCGGAGCUGCGACGGCUCAAGAACCUCAAGAAGCAAGACAUUCUUGAGAAGCUUCAGAAGAUUAAACUCGUUGCUGGGCUGGGCGGAGGGGACGGGGACGGUGGAGGGAAGGGAGGGAAGGGUGGGAAAGGAAGGAAAGGGAAGGGAGGAGGUGGGUGGGGAGGUGGGGAGGAGUGGGAUGGGGAGGAGGCGGCUGGGCCGAUGGUUGAGUUGCUGGAAUCGGUUGAAUUUGAGGACGAUUUUGACCCUGUUCUGUUUGAUGCUAAGAUGAGAGCUGCUUUUGGGGAGGAGUAUUAUGGGAAGGAGGAUAGGGAGUUGGCUGAGGCGAAGAAAGAGGAGGAGGGGGAGGAGGAGGAAGAGGAGGAGGGAAAGAAGGGGAAGAAGGGAAAGAAGGAAGCGACUGCCAAAGAUGAUAGUGUGGAGGAGGAAGAAGAGGAGGAUGAAGAGGAAGAUGAAAACGAAGAGGAGGAAGAGGAAGAGGAGGAAGAGGAAGAGGAGGAAGAAGAGGAGGAGGAGGAGGAAGAAGAAGAAGAUGAGGAAGAAGAGGAGGGGAGGAAGGGAGAGAAGGAAGCGACUGCUAAGGAUGAUGGUGAGGAGGAGGAAGAGGAGGAAGAAGAAGAGGAAGAAAAGGAAGCGGAGGAAGAGGAAGAGGAGGAGGAGGAGGAAGAGGAAGAAGAAAAAGAAGAGGAGGAAGAGGAGGACGAGGAGGAAGAGGAGGAUGAGCAAACGGUAAAGAAGGGGAAGAAGGCAGCUGCUGCUAAAAGCGAUAGUGAGGAGGAAGAGGAAGAGGAGGAAAAUGAAGAGGGGGAAGAGGAGGAAGAGGAGGAGAAAGAGGAGGUAGAAGAAGAGGAGGCAGAGGAGGAGGAGGAAGAGGAGGAAGAAGAAGAAGAGGAGGAAGAGGAGGAAGACGAGGAAGACGAGGAAGAGGAGGAAGAGGAGGAAGAGGAGGAAGAGGAGGUGGGAAAGCCUGAUUUUGAGAAGGAGGACGAGCUGUUGGGGCUACCCAAGGGGUGGAUGAACGUGGGUUCCAAGGGGUUCGGUGCGGUGCGCCAGAAGCUCAUGAAGCAAGGCCUCAUCCCCAGCGCUUCUGCUUCUUCGGGAAAGAAGAAAGGAGAUGAGGAGGAGGAGGAGGAGGAGGACGAGGAAGAAGACGAAGAGAAUGAAGAGGAGGGAGAUGUGGAGAUGGAGGAAAAUGAAGAUGAUGACGAGGAGGAGGAGGAGGAUGAGGAGGAGGAAGAGGGCGGAGAGGGGGGGAGGGGGAGUGCGAGGAAGAGGAGGAAGCAGCAGCAGAUGUCAGUACGUGAGAAGGUGGCGUUUGACAAGCGCCUGGAGGAGUAUUACAAGCUGGACUAUGAGGACAUGAUUGGCGACCUCCCAACCCGUUUCAGGUACCAGCAGGUAAAGCCCAACAACUACGGCCUCAAAGUCGAUCAGAUCCUUCAGCUUCGAGACAAGGAUCUGAACCAGAUCGUGUCACUUAAAAAGCUAGCUCCUUACCAGCCCGAGGAGUGGGUCGUGCCUAAGUGGCGGCGGCGGCAGGUGAGCAAGGCUGUGAAGAAGAACCUGGCGAGGAAGCAGAAGAGGCAUGAGAAGAUGCUUCUGGAAGGGAAGGACGGCAAGCAGGCUCUGUCGGUGUCCCGGCUGCAGUCGUACGGUGUGAUUCCCGUUGAGAAGGAGAAGAAGGGGAAGUAG